AUGCUAAAAUAUUUAGCUGGUCUUUUUAAAGGCCUGCUAAAAAGACAACCAGCAAACCAAGUACCAACUAUAUCCUGGAAAGAUAUUCUGAAAGAAGAAAGCGUUCCACGUCCACAAAGUAAACGCAGAACAAUGCUGUUGCCAUCCAAUCGUGUUCUAUUAUGGAAAACGGAAGAUCCUCUCAAAGAGAAAGACAAGAAGAAACAAUCCCAGACCGGACUGAACAUGAUGUUUAAAUUUACCUACGAUGAUAUUCCUUAUAUUGUGAAGACGCAAAAAGCGUUUGAACUCCCGUUGUCCGUUGCUCUCUCAAAGGCUUGUGCUGAAUAUAUUUACCCAGUUAAUUCAAAAAUUAUUUUCCAGAUAUCUGUCCUCAUGAAAAAGAAAGUGUUUAAAGACAAAGCAGAUACUUCUGAAAAUGGGAUAUCAAUUAAAUUAGAUUCGCAAUCUGAGAUCGAUGAUACCGCAUCUAUCAGUACACUAGCAGACAACUUAGAAAUUGAAACAUUGCUUAUUAAUGAGGCUGAAUUCCGAAUUGUCCGAAACGGAAUUCCGAUCAGUUCAGUUACUUUGGCUUUAACACCAAUUGCAAACCAAUAUUGCAUGCCAACAAUAGUUUUCAACAAGAAAAAAUCCGUCCAAUCGCAUUGGUUUGUGAAAACAGAAAAGCAAAAGGAGAGUUCGGAAAAGAUAGCGCCCACAAAAAAAGACGUCGACUCAUUAUAUCUAUCUUUUUCAAACGAGGAGAGACGAGAGUACAGUUUGGAAGGAUAUUCCUUCAAACACAAAGGCGAGUAUUUUUCCCCAGAUCCUACUGAUUCCGGCCGAUUAGUGGCCGUUGUCGUGGACACUGGAGUUGAUAAUCCUGUGUAUGCAGCAAUCAGUUCGAGGCCUAUCAAUGAACCACUAGAAGAUGUUAUCACAGAUGACCAGGUCAAAUGGUGUAGAGUGAACAAGUUGAAUAAAGACAAAGAUGUGGUUCGCAUAAUGUGCUACAACAUUCUAGCUGAUUUAUAUCUGAAUCUGAAUUUGGAACAAAAUGAGCUCUUCUUCAACUACUGCCCGAAAGCAAAUCAGCGAGUAUUUUAUAGAACUCCUAUUUUUUUGAAGCAAAUGAAAGACUUCAUCGACUCAAAAGUUUCUAUCUUCUUCCUCCAGGAAGUUGAUUUGCGACGUCACGAAAAUUAUAUCGAUCCGUUCUUAAAAACUCUGAACUAUUCAAGUGAAAUAUCCAAGAAGGGCGGACAAAUCAGUGAAGGCGUUGCUGUGGUUUUCGACCAGACAAGAUAUCGAACAAUUUAUUCGGACUCGUUUUUAUUGGCGGAUCUAGUAGAAAAAGAGGAAGUCAAUUCGGAUAUCCGUAGAAUUUUGGAAAGUUCAGCUGAAUCGGAAACACGAUUUAAAACAAGACCUACAAUUAUUCAAAUCGUAAUGCUCGAAGAUGUCGAAACUGGGGUGAUAUUAGUGUGCGGUAACACUCAUCUUCAUCAUAACCCUAAAGAUGAACAUAUAAAAGUACUUCAAGCACUGACUUGUGUCCGAAAACUGAUGAAGAUGUUUAAUGAAAAGAAAGAGUCAGAACCAGAAAGGAAAUGUCGCCUAAUAUUUGGUGGAGAUUUUAACAGCACUCCGGAUGGCGCUGUUUUCCAGAUGAUGUCCAACAGAUUCCUUCCGAAUGAUCAUAAAGUAUGGGAAUGUGAUGAAAAAAUUGACGCCGAAGACAUACUUAUCGAGAAGAAAAUGAGUUGUCUAACCGGAACUCCCGAAUACACGAACUACACCGCGUCCAGUCAAAAAGAAGGAUUCGUUGGAUGUCUUGAUUAUAUCUGGGGAAUUGAUGUCGAGUCUAUACGAAUAUGCCCAUCACCAGAUCACAAAAAAGUCAUCAAGUACACAGCUCUCCCCUCUCGAAUCUCACCUUCCGAUCAUCUACCCAUUAUCUGUGAUAUCAAGUUGUGA